AUGUCACCAGCCCAACCCUCUUCUCACCGUGAUGACACAAGCAUUUCCCAUCAUCAUCAAGAUGAGAAUGACAUGGAACCGUUUCAUCAUCAUCAUCAUCAUCAUCAUCACCAUCAUCAUCAACAACAACAACAACAUUACCAAUCCUCAUCUCCUCCUCGACCACCUCUCACGGAAUGGUCUUCAGGUCUCUUCCGUGAAGGUCCUCUCCUCACACCCACCACUAAUUCCAUUUCCGAUACAAGAUAUUUCAAAGUGACACCUCAUGUCGUGGAUUAUGAUGAUAUGGAUGAUGAUGAAAAAGAUCAUCAUCAUUCUGUUGCCUAUGAUGAGAGUGAUUCUGAACAAGUGGAUGAAUUUACACCUGUUCUUGUGGAAAAAUAUAUUCCGGAAACUCCACAACAACAACAAAUGUCCAAUGUGAAGUCCUCAUCGUCACAAUCAACAACAACAAGGAACUCUUUAAAAAUUUAUCAAGCACGUGGAUUCAAUGAAACUCUUUAUGCAACUUGUUGUUUACCAUGUUCAUUGGCAGAUGUGGUGAAAAUGACACAAGAGAGACAUGUUUUAAAUCAAGAAGGAACAUCCUCUUGGUGGCUCAUUUGUUGUGGUGCUUGUUUCUUUCCAACUCUAGUGACAAGUGUAGUGAGAGGAAUGGUGAGGAAAGCAUUUGGAAUUAAGGGUGGAUGUUGUGGAGAUUGUUGUGUAGGUACAUGUUGUUCCUGUUGUGCCAGUGCACAAAUGUUGAGAGAGUUUAGAAUGAGAGGACCACCACCACCACCACCACCUUCGAAAUCACAUUCCAUGAUUUGA